AUGACAAACAACAAUUUAAAUAAAGAAGUUAAUCAUUUAGAAAAAGAAGCAGUAUCAGCAUAUGAUAAUACAAAAGAAGCAACAAUUAAUGCAUACAAUGCAACAACAAAUGCAGUGAGUGAUGGUAUGAAAUAUGUUGGUGAUUCAUUAUCAUCAGCAGUCGAAGUAACAAAAGAUGCAACAAUCAAUAUGUAUAAUGCAACAACUAAUGCAGUGAGUGAUGGUUAUGAAUCUUUAAAAUCAAAAACAAAUGAAUUAAUCAGCAAUACUCAAAAUGAAAAUGAAAAUUUAAAAGAUGGUGCUUCAAAGAAAAUCGAAGAAUUAAAAGAUAAAUCAAGUGAAGUAAAAGAUAAUUUAAAGGGAAAAGGUGAAGAACUAGUUGACGAUGCUAAAGAUGCUGCUCAUAAUGCUUCAAAUAAAUUGAAUAAUGCUAAAGAUCAAGUUUCUGAUAAAAUGGAUAAUGUAAAAGAUGAUAUAAAGAAAAAAGGUGAAGAAAUAGUUGACAAUUCUAAAGAUGCUGCCAAUAAUACUUCAAAUAAAAUGAAUAAUGUUAAAGAUCAAGUUUCUGAUAAAAUGGAACAUGUAAAACAUGAUAUAUCAAAUAAAUACAAUGAAACAAAAACAGAAGCUUCCCAUAAACUAAAUCAAGCUGCAAAUAAAAUCGACCAAUAA